AGAAAGAAUUGAUGGAGUUGUUGGUAAGUUUAUAUGAUGUGACAAUUUGUGGUCUGCCAAUUAUCGCAAUUUCACCGAGCUGCACGACAUAUCAUAGUGUUAAAACACAGAUGCUCAAGAUAAACGUACAAUAUAGUGAAAAGCUCACAGAUAAUUCCCCUCGUGAAUAUUAUUGUGUUCUUUCCGUUUGUCGUAAAAAUACAUCCACACUUUUGGUCAGAGCACACAGUUAUAUAUCGCUUGCUUUCGUUGAACCGUACACUGAUGCUUGAGUUAUUAAAUCAGUUGUUUUGGUUCGAUGUAGCAUCACGCAGUACUAUGUCUUUUGUUCAAAGCAGUUUAAACGACUACACACACAUUCAUAUCUAACAGUCAGGGAGCUUUAUUAGAUCUUGUAUAGUGUGAUUCAACUUACUCCACAAUUCCCUGUUCUUCCUGAGUGACAAACUUUCUAAUGACACAGUGAUCAGUCUUUCGAUCAUUUCUGGUAAUGCUGUUCUCUCCCUGUCCAUUUCCAUAUGUAUCCUAUGACCCCGCUUCUUUUCCGCUUAGUGUCGUCAUUUAGGUCGGUCGGAAAAUGAUCGGAUAGUGAGAUUAUAGUACUCACAUUGAACAGUUCGCACAGUUAACGUAAAAAACGUAGUGGUUUCGACCCUCGUGUUUGCUGUGUACGUCGUUUAUUUCUUGAAGACCUUAAAUGAAAGAUGCAAAUUGCAUUACUAUGAGUUGUUGUUAGAGAGUACUUAUCGUCCUGUAGCCUGUUUCAGCAUUAGUAGUUCAUUGAUCCUUGCUUGCCUGUAUCAUCAUCAUAGUGUGCACCACGUAUGCAGUUAUAUGAUUUGUGUACUUAUUUGGGAGGUGAAUAAAUCCGUUUUCCUUAUUUGCAAAUGUUACUAAGUCUCCUCGUCAUAGAAAUUGCGAUACACAGGUAAUAAAAGAACUGGUGAAGUGCUUAGUGAUCUGGUUUCAUUUGUUAGUAAAAGUUAAUUAGUCCUUGGACAGAUAAAAUUGUGAAGGAACUUCCUGUCUGUUUUCAGUCAGAAUCAGACAAAAGAGAAAAUAAAGGCAGUUGUCUGCAGGAACACUGGAUACAGUACCAAGAAAGUACGGAUGGUAGUAGAGUCACACACGAAAACUUUCGUUUGUUAUAGUCCUUUUGAAUUUUUCCCCUUAUACAUAGAGUUUAGCGGCUUGAAUCACUGCGUUUCUGGGUAAACUUCUACACUGAGAGUCGAGUCCAUCUAAUUGGUUCAGAAUUUGCUCACAUAAGUAUCACGUGGGGUGUUACAAUAUUUUUCAAGUGAUUGAGCUUUCUAAUGAUUUCUGAGAUAUGUGAUGGCUGAAUUGUGUUUAUCUUCACUUAAUCAUUGCAGAUGUCCAAUGAAAAAGAUGUUACAGCAUUCCCAGAUGGGGAAAAUCUCACCCGUUGGUUAGCUUCUAUCCGUGGACCUGAUGGAACGGUGUAUGAAGGCCAACAAUACAAACUUUCACUUGAGUUCGGGCCGAAUUAUCCUUACAGUCCUCCAAACGUUCGCUUUGUUUCUAAAUGCUACCAUCCAAAUGUGGAUACCCGUGGAGUAAUAUGCUUAGAUAUUUUAAAAGAAAUGUGGUCUCCUUUGCUAACUGUAGAAAAUCUGCUUUUAUCUAUACGAAGCUUACUAGCAGAGCCUAAUAACGACAGCCCGUUAAAUGGUCAAGCGGCUCAACUAUGGUCUAAUCCUUCCGCAUUUCGUGCUGAAAUGAUGAAAUUUCAAGCCUCAUCAUCUAAUAGUUGA